AAAUUGUACAUCAAAUUUUCAAUUCUAAAUGGAAUUUUUCCAGAAAGCGAAAUCCGUUAGGCUAAAGAGCAACCAUGACAAAUUCUUACACGCUGAUCCUGAUCAAGAAUGCGUAUACCAAGAUCGCAGUGGAUCUACAAGGACCGUUAAAUGGACUGUCGAAUUCCCUGAAGGAUUGGACAAUGUGAUCCGUUUAAAAAGUAUUUAUGGAAAAUACCUAACGGCUUUAGACGAUCAACGUCUGUUCGGGGUAACGGGUCAGAAAGUUGUCCAAAGUUUGCCUAGUAAAUUGGAUUCAUCAGUUGAAUGGGAACCUAUAAAAGAGGGAUCUGUGGUGAAGCUGAAAACUAGAUAUGGGAAUUUUUUAAGGGCAAAUAGUGGAUUACCUCCUUGGAGGAAUUCAGUUACACAUGAUAUACCUCAUAGACAUCAAGAUUGGAUCUUAUGGUCAGUUGAUACUGUUGAGGUACUGCCUGAAUUGCCUGAUGAAAGCGUUUCACACUCAGAAUCAGUGGGUGAUGAUGAUUUGAGCUUAUCUUUUCGUCUUACAUCUGCUAAAUUUUCCAGGACUCAGUCUGUGAAAUCCGAAGGUAGGCUUAUCUAUUACCAUGUGGCGGAUGAAAAUGGAAAUGUGAAUGAUUCAGCGGAAGGGCCUUCUUUACAGUUCAAAGGGCAUGGACUAGAGGAACUGACUCGAAAGUUGGAAGAAGAAACAGGGCUAGAGAAGAUUAUUGUUUGUUCGCGUAACAAAUUCAAUGGGAAUUUAUAUCCUCUCCGUUUAGCAUUACCUCCAAACAAUGCAACUAUGCAUGUUGUUGUAAUGCCUGCAUCGUCUAAAGUGGCAAGAGAGCUGACGGCAGAUGUUCUUACAUCCAAAUGGUCGGUGUUGAAGACUCUAUCGUGAAACAUUUUGCUUGCCAACAAGAAAGUAAUUCAAAAUCUUCUCCAGAACCAGAGGUGGAUUCAAGAUUUGAAGUUUAUAGGUUCAUAUGUGACCUCAAGUUAAUAUAAAAUAAUAAUUGGGUUCAUAGUCAAAUGUUUAGUUGAUUUUGUAAUACAUAUAGUACACGGACAAAAGCUAUUGUGUUUACGUGAACUAGUAGACAACACUCUAGAUCAGUUCCUGCCGGACUGUAGGCAUUUCUUUCUUCUUUUGGUAUAUAUUAAGUGAAUGUAAUGCAACCAAGAGACGCAGAUUCCAGUUGAGAGCAUUAUUUAUUUGUUGAGAGUU